UGCCAAUAUAUUACCGCUCAUCCUAACGGCCAAAAUAGGUUUACGCAAAAUAUAGUUUCAUUUAAAUUCGGGAACUCUCUUGCCUUGGAGCAUUAUCGUCUGAGAUCACCAUCCCUUUCUUUCUCUUCGAAAAGUUUGCUGUUCAAGUCAAGCAUAAAUCAAUUUCACUCUCCAAUUUCAUCACUCUGAAGCGGGAAGAUGAAUGACCUAAUGACGAAGUCGUUUCUAAGUUACGUCGAUCUGAAGAAACAAGCGAUGAAGGAUCUCGAAGCAGAUGUCGAGAUGGGGCAACUCCACCCUUCCCACGAAUUAAACCUCUCCAAAUUCUUCGAACAAGUAGGCGCAGUCAAGUCCGAGAUGGACGAAAUCACCAACCUCCUCCUCCAUCUCCAACACCUCAACGAAGAGACCAAAUCAAACCAAAGCUCAAAAAUCCUCCGAGGCUUUAGGGAUCAGAUCAACUCUGACAUGGUCACGGUGCUCAGAAAAGCCAAGAGCAUCAAAUCCCGGUUGGAAUCCCUCGAUAAGUCCAACGUGGCUAAUCGGAGCCUCUCCGCGGAGUACAGACAGGGGAGCCACGUGGAUCGCACGAGGACCGGCGUAACACACGGAUUGAGGAUCAAAUUGAAGGAGAUGAUGAAUGAUUUUCAGUGUUUGAGGGAGAGGAUCGUUGAGGAACAUAGGGAAGGGGUUAAGGCGAGGUAUUGCAGUGCCACGGGGGAGGAGCCGAGCGAUGAGAUGGUUGAGAAGAUGAUAUUGGAUGGAGGGGUUGUGGUUGAUGGGAAAGGGGAGUUGUUUGAAGAGAAUCGGCAGAGGCACGGGGCAGUGGCGGACUUGCAGAAGAGCCUGGUUGAGCUGCAUCAAGUUUUUCUUGAUAUGGCUGUGAUGGUUGAGGCUCAGGCUGACAAUUUGAACAACAUUGAGCAGAAUGUGGUGAGUGCUGCAAAGGAUGUGAGGGGCGGUGCGAAGGAGCUCGAUCGUGCUAAGCAGAUGAAGAGGAGGAGGGCUUGUGCCUGUUGGAUUGGAGUGGUGCUGCUGGUGUUCAUGUUGGUGUGCCUCAUUGCCAUUUUCUUCUGAUUUUUGAGAAUGAGUUUUAGGCUUAGGGAUUGAAGUGAAAGUGUGCAAUUUUGCCUUGAUGAUUUCUAUUCAUCAUUUAUGGUUUCAUGAGAAGCUGUUUUUUUCUUCUUUUUUGCUGUUUUUCAAGAAUGUAUGCACUCAGUGUGUUGAAUACAACAGCUUCGAGAAUUUUGAGUGUUGAUAGAUA